UCUGAGAAGCCAGAAGAGUGUGAUGGUGACUGCGCGAGUUCUUUGCUCAUCCGCGCAUCUCAGCAUCGAGCGCGCCGCCAUCAUCAGUUGAAACAAAGAAAGAGAGAGGGGGGAGCUCACAUUGGCACACGACUCGAGGGCCGCAAGGGCUCUGGUCUAUGCUCGCAGCCUUGUCGCUUGCGGGUAAGGCUGCAAAGCCAUUGCAACCACCUCGAUAGGUGGCAUAGCACUGCAUCUCGUAGACAGUCUCAGCAUCGGUUCAUAGUCCGGGGCGCUGCUCUAUUUCGGCCUCUGUCCAUCGCCAUCCCUGGUGCAAACACAGGGGCCGCAAUACACCUGCUCACUACUUGCGCUGCUCAUCCUUAACAAUCCCUUCUGACCGCUCCAGGAGUCAGCUGAACACCAGUUCUGAUCGGCUGGCGACCCUCCAAGCGACCCGCCCAUUGGAGCGUUUCCGUUGCGUCUCUCUACUAUGGCAGCACUCUCACCCUCGGCUGGAGGGCACAAAACAAACCCUCCCACACCCCCAGUCGGCAGCCGCAGUGGCAGCGGCAGCGACGUCAUCCACUUGUGCGACUCGGAUGACAAUGAGAGUGUCGCGCCUCUGCCAGUGAAAAAACGCAGCUCAAGUGCCAGCUCGGGCGGUAAGAGCCGAUCACCAGACGUCAACAAGUUCAGCAGUCUCGUCAAGACCGAGGCAGAGGAAAACGAUUUGGAUGGGAUCCCUUCCGACGAUUUUGCACAUGCCAGCGCUUCGUCCUCCGUGCAACGGAGAGCAUACUCUGCGGUCUCCUCGAGGUCGCCGGCAGAGCUUGGGAGGGACAUUUCGUCUUUCGCUGGACCUGCGUCCUCUUCCUCUGUUCAUCCUCAUGGCGAAAAUGCGAGCGCAAGAUCUUCUCUCUAUUCCAAUGCCAUCGCGAACCCUAGUCCGCUGAAGCGCAUGACAAACAUGUCGCGCUCCACUUCUCGAUCUGAUGAUGGUGACAGGAUGGACAGGGACGAGCGGGAUGAAGGAACGGUGUCCGCUGCCGACCCUCGCACGCGCGAGCAACAGUACCGCGACGGAUCCAUCAUGUCCACGUCCUCAGCAGCUGGAUCGGCCGCCGGAUACAUCGCAGACCCCAGACUAGCCUUGCGAGCUGCCAAGACCCAACCAGGCUCACAGGGCUCCGGGUCCAGUGCGGGGUAUAGUGCUGGCUCUGGUCGCGGAAGCAUUGGCGCGGCUGCCAGCUCGCAAUCAAGCUCCUCGGACGAACUCUCCUUCGAAAAGCAUAUACCAAGUGCUGUCAUGUCUGCUCGUCAGCGUUGCGAUGCCGAACCGGUCCUUGUCAGCUCUAGGGAAUACGGACCAGCUAUGGAUCUCGUCGAUACUACUCCGGCAAUCCCAUUGCCCGAGGGGGAAGUCAAGAAGGAGAAAAAAGGAAAGGACCUCUCCUCUCGCGCCCAAGACACGAUGGCUACGACUCAACGAGCGGGUAUGAUCAUCAAGACGGAAGUGCAAGAGCGGCAGCAACAGGCACAACGAGCGGCUGAGUACCCUAGCCCCAAAAAGCAUCCUCUUCGCAAGGUGGCCCAGAUCGGCGUGGCGGAGAGGCUUCCGUUCGACGAUGCCGUUACGACGGAUAGCAGCGAGCUUGAGCCCCGUGUCCCGACCGUGCACUCUACGCCGCGCUUCCCGCCGCCGAGGACGCGGCCGAGGGUGUUUGGCCUGGAAGAGGCACCGACGUUCUAUCCGACCAAGGAGGAGUUCCUGGAUCCAAUGAAGUACAUCGAUUACGUCAGCAGUCCGCAGGGUGGCAAUGGAAAGGAGUACGGGAUCAUCAAGAUUGUCCCGCCGGAGGGUUGGAAACUGGACUUUGUGCUCGACGAAGAGAAAUUCCGGUUCAAGACACGCGUGCAGCGUCUCAAUUCGCUGAGCGCCGAUGCGCGUGCAAGCUUGAACUACCAAGAGCAGCUUCAGAUGUUCCACGCGCAGCAAGGCCAGAAGCGCAUCGCUAUGCCCAUCAUUGCGGGCAAGGCACUAGAUUUCUAUAGCCUCAAGCUGGUCGUUAGCACACUCGGCGGAUUCGACAAAGUGACUAAGAACCGUCGAUGGACCGAGGUAGCUCGUGAGAUAGGCUACGAUGAAACUAGAGCGGCCCACAUUAGUACACAGGUCAAGCAGGCGUAUAAACGCAUCAUCUUACCCUUUGAAGUCUUCCUCGUUGAGGCAAAGGAGAUGGCCAAGAGGGACGACAAACUGGCCAAGGCGGCGGAAGGCGUCAAGUCUGGGGCUUCGGCUUCGCGUGCUGCCACGCCCUCGACCACCGUCGACGACUCUGAUAACGACCCUUUCGGAACCGCCGCAGCGAUGACUGCUGCUGACAAGCGCAGAGCGCCUCGCAGCAAAAAGAGUGGCGACGUACGUGGGAAAGGCAAGAAGAAUGGUGAGGUAAACCACGUCAUCACAACCGAGCCUGGGUACGAGGAGCAAGUCUGCGAGAUUUGCAUGAGUGGCGAGGAUGGCGUUUCGAUGCUACUCUGUGACGAAUGCAACAGGGGCUAUCAUAUGUACUGCCUCAACCCGCCCAUCGCCACUGUGCCCAAGUCGGAAUGGUACUGCCCGCCGUGCCUCGUCGGCACAGGCAAUGACUAUGGCUUUGAGGAGGGCGACACGCACAGCUUGCACUCGUUCUGGAAACGUUCCGAAGCAUUCCGUAAGGACUGGUUCGAGAAGAGGCCGGAACGUGUCUUCAAUGGGCACCCUGGCUCACCCACGUACGAAGGCCCGGACGGGGAUAUCGUCAUGGCGAAGCCCAGCGGCGAUGAGGUACCACCCAACGGGGUCGUGCGACAGGUGGCAGGGACCAAGGUCUGGCUCAGCGAAGAUGAUGUGGAGCGCGAAUUUUGGCGCCUUGUUCAUAGCCCUGACGAGUUGGUUGACAUCGAGUACGGCGCCGACAUCCACUCCACGACCCACGGCAGCGCUUCUCCCAGCAUGGAAACGCAUCCGCUUAACAGGUAUUCCAAGGACGUAUGGAAUCUCAAUAACCUGCCCAUUCUCCCGAGCUCGCUCUUGCGGUACAUCAAGUCAGACAUUUCGGGGAUGACCGUCCCAUGGAUCUACGUCGGCAUGAUAUUCUCCGCUUUCUGCUGGCACAAUGAGGACCACUACACCUACUCGAUCAACUACCAGCACUUUGGGCACACAAAGACGUGGUAUGGAGUACCGGGCGCGGACGCUGAGAAGUUGGAAGAAGCCAUGCGCAAAGCUGCACCAGACCUAUUCGAAGCCAAUCCAGAUUUGCUCUUCCAAUUGGUCACUAUGAUGGGACCUGCGAAGCUCAAGAAAGAGGGCGUCCGCGUAUUUGCUUGCGAUCAGCGACCGAACGAGUUCGUCAUCACCUAUCCGAAAGCAUACCACGCGGGCUUCAACCAUGGCUUCAACCUCAACGAGGCCGUCAACUUUGCGCUGCCCGAUUGGAUGGACUACGGCCUGCAGUGCGUGCAACGAUACCAAAAGUUCUGCAAGUCGCCAGUGUUUUCACAGGACGAGCUCAUCAUCACCGUCGCUCAGCACAAUCAUGCACUCACCACUGCAUUGUGGCUGCAGCAUCCGAUGGCCGAGAUGAUCGAACGGGAACUCAACCGGCGCCUGCGCAUGCGACGCGAGGCCCCUGGGAUCCGGGAAAAAUUGUCCGAGUUUGACAAGCCCGAGGAACACUACCAAUGCAAGCACUGCAGCAUGUUCUGCUACCUGUCACAAGUCACACUCGAAUCGUACGAGUCCGGAGUCGCUUGCCUGGAUCAUGCCAGCUCGGUCUUUAGUGGACAGCCUCAGUCGCGCUGGGUGUUGCGCUUGCGCGUUGGCGACGACCAGCUAAAGGCUAUGCAAAUCAAGUUGAUGGAGCGCGCCAACGUACCAGGCAACUGGAGGCGUCGAUUGCACAACGUUCUCAAUAACAACCCGCGACCGCCGCUCAAGACACUUCGAGCAUUGCUAGCAGAGGGCGAACGGAUCACGACACCCUUGCCAGAGAUCGAGCAGCUGCGAGAGUUUGUGGAGAGAGCUAACACUUGGGUGGAUCAGGCAUCUGUCUUCAUCACACGGAAAGGACGUGUGGCAAGCUCUACUCCUCGAAAGCUGCAGUCGCGGACUUCAACAGGUAGCGAACGGCGGAGCCCAUCGACUCGCAUGGAUCUGUCGUCUGAUGUGCCAGCGGCAAAAGAGACCAGGACACCGGAAGCGCUCAUGACGCUGCUCUCUGAAGCGGAUCAGCUUCCCUUUGAUGCGCCUGAGAUAUCCGCAGUCCGUCACGUCAUCGAGAAGAUGGGGGAGAUCCAGGAGCGAGUCGAGACGGUUCUGAGGCAAGUCAAUGCCCCCAGCGACGUCAAGAAGCCAUCUCUUGUCGAAUGCGAAAAGGUGAUUGCCGCGGCGAGCGAGAUCAACGUAGAUAUAGCUGUCGUCGACGAUUUAACUAAAUACGUCAACCGUCGGAAGUGGCUUGAUGAGAUGGACGAGAUCCACAACAACUUUAUCAAUCUCUCCGAGGUCCAUGAGCUCCUCUCUGAGGCAGAGAAGAGCGACGUGCCAUCCGGUCAUCACUAUGUCGUUGAUCUUCGUCGGAGAGAGCGGCUGGGGAAAGCAUGGGCGAAUAAGGCGCAGCAGGUCCUCGACGCAAAGGAGGCCAUCCAAGUCAGUCAGCUUGAGGAGCUCAUCACUGCGCCCAACGAAGUCGCCAUCGUUCCUGAGCUGCACGUUCAAGCUGAGAGGCUUUACAACAAGGUCAAGGAGCUUAAUGCAUCUGCACAGCAACUUAUUGCAUCUGGCAAGGAUCAGGAUCCUCGAACAAUGCACAAGUCUGAGCUUGAAGCUCGCCUUGCAGAAGCCAAGCAACUCAGCCGGACAACAGUAGCGUCUCGCUUAUUUCUUCCAGCAUUAAAGCCGAUCGCUGAUGGGUUGCAAGAAUGCGACGAAUGGCUCCAACGCCUCACUGACAUCCUCAACGCUGCCUUUCACUCGAAUCGACCUGAGCCAGUCAGCAAGAGCGGCGCCACAAUCAAGGUCUUUUGCGCCCAGAUCGAAACGACUGCCUCACCAGACGACGAACAGGCUUCACAAGUCGCAUCUCCUCCGAAGCAGCGUUACUGCGUCUGUCGCACAAAGACCCCGCCUGUACUUGAUGGCCAGGACGGAAUUCGCUGCAACAACUGUCAGACUUUGUACCAUCAGAUGUGCAUCAAGGUGGGUGGCAAAACCAAGAAACUCACUCCAAAGUGGGUUUGCCACAUUUGCGAUCCGGUCAAAUUGCGAGACCUGCUGCCACAUCGGCGUGCCGUCCGCUUUGAGGACGUCAAUGAGCUAGUUGACGACAGCUGGUUCCACGCAGAGAAGUGGAGCGACAAAUUCACUUGCCCACCGCCGGAAUACAUCGCCCUCAAAUCAGCAGUUGGAAGAGCUUCCCGCCUCGGCAGCUACGUGCGCGGAUUCAUGGCAAGCGGGAGAGAUCCUUCGCGGCCGGAGGACAGGACUGCGCUUCACCAUCUGUUGCGGAAGACUUUGGCAUGCCCUCUUAACAUCAAUCUGGCUGGCCAAAGUUCGGUAGUCGAUGAGAUCGUCAGAACGCUGCACUCUGCGGAGGCACUGCAACCUCCUAAAUUGGGGGAGAUGGGAACAGAAGGAGAGCCAAAGAAGCGCAAGAGAGGGAAACGGGCCAAGUUUACUUUUGAGGAAGAGGCUGGUCUCUCGCCUACAUCCGACUCGCUCUAUUGCAUCUGCCAUCAAGCAGAAUCCGGCAACAUGAUUGGCUGCGAUCGAUGUCAAUUAUGGUUCCACACCAACUGUAUGCACCUGCCAGAAGACCUCGAUCUGGGCGAAGAAAAGUGGAUGUGUCCAAUGUGUUGCAGCAAGACAGAAAAGCGAUACGCUUUUGCAGAUGUUAGAGUGCUAGAGAAAGGCCGCUCGGAAGCUGAUGGUUCUUUCGUGGACCUUCGGCUUACGCUCCGCUCCGAAGACAGACCGAUCAGCCGCUGUCAGCCUUGGACGAAGGAAAAGCGCAUCCUACUCCACUUGGCGAACUUCCAAGCGGCAGUGAAGCCUGAGCAAUCUCCUGCAGAGCCGCCUGUCAAGAAAACGCGCACAGAAGAAACAGGGAGUUACCUAAACCAGGCUCCCGUGCAGCAAGACUCGAUAUCUUCCGUGGAUCCAGCUGCGGGUUCGUCGUCGACUUCAUCACCAAUUCCCUCAUCGUCCAGAGCCACUUCGGCGAUACCCGCUGCGUCACAGGUUAAAGUCGAGGAAAGAUAUUCGACAGCUGGCUUCUAUGCCCCCUCUGUUUCGAACCUGCCGAGCGCGCGAAAAGUACUUCAAUCUCACGACCUCGGCCGAAGUGCUUCGCCUGCCAAUGUUUCGGCCAUCUCUAUGCCCCCCAUGAGCCCAAUUCGAGGUCCUCAGCCCGAUAAGGCUUCCCACGCGUGGACACAGCAGCUGCCCCAGGGGCAACCCUCGCAGAACAUCGACUCGCAGAAAAGUACCCCACCGGUCCCGAGCAAGAAAUCAUUGUCCCCCAACAGCCGGACUGCGGCAGAACGACACCGUGCAGGCAUGGCAAAUUUGUACGCCCGCGGUGUUACAGACGAGAUGAUUCAAAAGUGGUACAUCGGGUGGAACGGCAAGACCCUCGUCUACCCUCGAUACACAUCUACUGGCGAGCUUCAGCAGAUUGAGCUUGGCCCACGGAUCAAGCUCGCGCCUGGCGACCGCGAAGGGACUAUUUUCAUCACCAAUGUCCUCAAAGGCUUGACGUCUAAUCCGCGCUCGCAGAGCUCAUUUGCAUCGUCACAGCCUGGUAUCAGAGAGUGUUCAGCGCGACCAGCCGCUUCUGCUUCCUCAGCGCCCCAUCCCCCAGACCCACACGACCAUGUCGACGUUCAACCAUCCCAUGUCACGUCCGGAGCUCAGCCAUCAAAGGAUCGUGCGGAUGCCACAGCAGCUACUGCCUCCGCUCGACCUCAGGUGCAAGCCACCGCUCCAUUCGCUCCCACAACCGGUUUCAGUGGCAGUGCUCAGAAGCAGACAACAGCGACUGCAACUGCAACUGCAACUAGGUCAUCGCAGGCGCUAGAGCCCACUGCCGCGCCGCGAGUUGGCCCCGAGCCAAGCUCUAGCGUGACUGCUUUCUCAGCUCUGGCGGGCCUCGCAAGCGCGCCGACUGCAGCGGAAGAGGCAUCAGCCCGGGCGAUGGCGAGAAGAAUGCGACCUACUGCAACAGAGUCCGAGCUGAAUGACAUGGUAGCGGCUUUCCUAGCCAGCGGCUGAUUUGGAACUACGAAAUGUCGUGUGCAAUGUCCGCUUUUUGAUCUGUAUUUUACAUCGGCAGGCGGUCAGGAUAUUCGCCUUUAUUCUACAUUGUCACUUUCU